AUGAUGGUGAAAAAGCGUGAGAACGUUGAAGAAAAAGAUGAAGAAGAAGGAGCGUUGAAGGUGUUCGACGUGUUGAUCCACGUCUUCGAGCGACUGGAAGACCAGGCCGACAUCGGACGCGCCGAAUUGGGCGUGGAGGUGUUGAGCCGCAUCAAGGAAGAAGAAGAAGAUGGUGCAGAUGAAGAAGGUGACGACGCACAGACGAAGUACAAGCAGUUGUACAAGACGCACGUACACCAGCUCAUGAGAAACGUUCGAGGCCUCAAGGAGGUGCGAAGCGGGCGAGACGCUCUUCUCGAACGACACCUCCUCGUGCCGGGCCAGCUCUACCCGCCCACCGAGUUCACCAUCACGUCGCUGUUGCUCCGCUUCAGGUCGGGGAACUACAGUGACGCGUGCGCGUGGACGCCCUCGUUCGACUACCAGGAGGACCAGACCACCGUCGACGGUGCCGCAGUCAUCCUGCGAUACUGGGACACGCCCGGCCGCUCUGAGUGUAAUCGAACGGGAGUGUACUUGCAGACGAGUUGCGUGCUGGCUUGCUUUGCGGUGAAUGACAGAACAUCGAUGGAUGCCGUGCGGCACCAGUUGGUGCCCGAGGUGCGGCGAGCUCGGCCGAACGUGACCAUCGUCGUAGUGGGCACCAAGUCCGACCUCCGAACCUCCUCUUCCGCUCCUCCGCACUCGUGCGUCCCAGUUUUUGAAGGAGUGGCCUUGGCGAAGGAGCUGGGUGCGGCGAUGUACGUCGAAUGUUCGGCCAAGUCGGGGGAGGGCGUGCCCCAGGUGUUCCACGUCGCCGCCAAGCUGCACCUCCUCCAAUCGCCGCAGGAACCGCCCACCGCCAACAACCUCCCUCGGAAGCUUAACCGCACACGCGCACACCGCACACACCUCGACACGCAGCGAACCAACAGCGCCCUUGUGUGCAGCCUCCAAUGA